CAGCGGCACGUGGUGAACCAUUGCCCGCUCUUGGCCAGCCUAACACGCAACCAAUAAAGAUUCAAUUUAUGAACCCAUUCACUUCCCCCUACCUAAGCCCCUUACCUAACCACAACCCCGCAUCUGGCCCCAACCCUAAUCACAAUCGAUUCGCGCUCCGGCCCUCCACCGCUCCCAUGGCCUCCGCCCAAGACCCCGAUAACGCUCUCUACAACGAAGAUGAAGACCUUCUCGAUGAUGAAGAUGAUGACGACAGCUCUGAUCACGGCGAAGAUGUCUACCUGGAGGCUGACGUCGACGUCGAUGAGGAUUCCGCAUCCUCUUCUCCCGCUAAUGCGUCUGUUGUGGAUCGGCCUCCUGUUUCCAUUUCCGCCGCUCAAGUCACCGUUGCCGUCGCUGAUGUACCGGAUUUUCGUGUCAACCAGCAUCAUCACCACCAACAACAGCAGCAGCAUAAUAAUCCUGAUGACGUCAUAACUGGCGUCACCAGGAAGCCUCAGGCUAUUGCCUUCCCCGACGAGUCACGAAAGCUGUUUCAGCGUCUUUGGACUGAUGAGGAUGAAAUCGAGCUGUUGCAGGGGUUUCUGGAGUAUACUACUCAGCGUGGGCCACAGAGUUCAUCGCACCACCAUGAUACGACGGCGUUUUAUGACCAGAUCAAGGAUAAGCUGCAGCUUGAUUUCAAUAAGAAUCAGCUUGUGGAAAAGCUGAGGAGGCUCAAGAAGAAGUAUCGAAACGUCAUCAGUAAAUCUGGUUCCGGCAAAGAUCACGCCUUCAAGAGUCCCCACGAUCAGGCCACCUUUGAAAUCUCCAGUAAAAUCUGGGGCGACAGUGUUGGAGUCAACGGCUCCAUCAUUCGUGCUGCCCCGAUAGAUGAGGUCAGGUUUGACGAUAAUGAUCCUAACAACUCUAAUUUUGUUGGCAACCAAAGCCCUAACCCGAACAACCCCAAUGGCUUCGAUGGAAAUAGCAAGACACCCCGAUCCAGGAAGCGAAACCGAGCUGGAGCUGUGAAAGUCGAGGAAAAACAGCAUGCCUUUACCAGUAGUACUCAAAUUAAUCAACCAUCGGUAGGAUUGGGUGUGGUCACCCCAAUGGCUACUCCGAUAGGCAUGGGGAUGCCAGCAUCAAUAACUAACGUGAUUGAGGAGACCGUGAGGAGCUGUUUGUCGCCCUUUUUCAAGGAGUUGUUGGGAAAUUCAAUGAAUUUGAAUGGGAAUGGAUUGUAUGGACACCGUGGGUUUGGGUUGGCUUUGAGUCCCAUGCCUUUGGGUUUUAGUGGAGUGACAGGUGGGGAGAGGUUCAUUGAUGAGAAAUGGAGGAAGCAGCAGAUAUUGGAAUUGGAGGUGUUUUCAAAGAGGUUGGAGUUGGUGCAGGAUCAGAUUAAAGCACAGUUGGAGGAGCUCAGGUCCAUGGGGAGUUAAUGGACAGCUAUCUUGGGUAGAAGUGUUUGCUGGCUGGCUCUUUAAUUUUCUUGACUCCUGGGUUAGUAGUAUAUUUAUUCAUUUGUCUUUGAUAAAUGAGAAAGUGCAAAUUCUGUUUAGAUUUUUAAUUUGGAUUGCUGAAUAAUACUUCUAAUCUUUAGGCCUUUGAUGGGUUGCAUGUCUCCCCAAAUCUGUGAGGGAUAUUGUUUGAUAUGUACAUCGGAAUUGACAUGGACUAGUAGUUUACCUAGAUAAUUAUAUGCUAUAAUUGCUAUCUGUUCUUCAAAUUAUGCUUUGGUCAUUUUUCCUUUUUCGCGCUCUUUUUACUCUCUGCAAACAGUGCUGUUGGAUGUAACUGCUGAUAUUUGGAGUCAUCUCUCUUCAUACUUGGAGUUUUAUGGUGUAAUCAUCGUCUUGAUUGAUACUGAAUAUUUAACUCUUCAUUUUUUUUUGGAGAAUAUGAAAAUCUCACAAGGAUGCUUAAUUGCAUAUAUUUAAGAUCUGACAAUUGAAACAUCCGGCUCUGAUUGGAAAUUGUAUGGAGUUGCAUAAGCCUGUUGCUCUUCGGUGAUUCCACUUUACCAGCUCCAAGCUGAGAGCACGAAGUGACCUGAUCUGGUAGUGAAGCUGAAUUGCAUAAGAUACUUGGAAGAGUUUCUAUAUGGACAAACCAAUGGUCUGUGAGGAUGGCUACAAGUUCCGAUGAAAUAUUGGGUUGCCUGGUCAGAAUCAAAUGGCAUAUACACUAUUGGAAACAAAUUAUGCUAUUACGUGGUUUUUCCCAGCUCUCUUAUUCGUAUGAAUUGUCUAGUUGUAGAUGGAUACAUGGAAAUAUUUAUAUUUAUCCACUAUGCGUGUCUGUAGAAUCAAGGGUUCUGUUCCUGAAAGAAGUGAAAUGAAGAUCCGAUCCGCGUUCUUGGAUUACUAAGUCAGAAGUGGCGACGGAGGUAGAUUGGUGAUUUUGAUUAUUAGCAUAAUGGCUACAAAUGGAACCUGAUUCAGUACAUGGGACCAAUGAGAACCAAAGCGAUUCGAUCCGCCUAUUUGGUUUAAGUAAAUUAUGUAUAGCCUUUCAGAUCUCAUAAGAUGGUUUGCAUUUUGGUAUCAAGUUGGCUACCACAUCAUGCUCAUUCUGUUUAAAUCAUGUCUUCCCUUCCCUUUAUGAGCAGAGUUAUAAACCUUUGGUGAUGUAGAGAUCUGUGACGCUCAUUCAGGUGUAGUAAUGAUGCUGGUUCAGACUUAGCCUCCACUCGCUUUUUCUUGUGAAACUCUUCUCAAUA